UUUAGGUUGUGAUUAGAGUCGGAGGAAAGUGACAUUCAGUCUACAGUCAUUCGGCAGUCUAACUUUCAUCUACUUUCCCAGACGAGUUGAAAUUGAUACGGCGUCAGAUUUUCCAUUUCUUUCGAUUUUCCGAUAAAAAGACGGCUCCGGAACGACAAAACAACCACGGUCAAAAUGUCAUAUUCAUAUUUGUUUAAAUACAUCAUCAUCGGUGAUACAGGUGUUGGCAAAUCCUGCUUACUUUUGCAGUUCACGGACAAGAGAUUUCAGCCUGUCCACGACUUGACGAUCGGCGUUGAAUUUGGAGCUCGCAUGAUAACUAUCGAUGGGAAGCACAUAAAGUUGCAAAUUUGGGAUACUGCAGGCCAAGAAGCAUUCAGGUCUAUUACAAGGUCUUAUUAUAGAGGAGCUGCAGGUGCAUUGCUGGUAUAUGACAUAACGAGAAGAGAAACAUUCAACCAUCUUACUACAUGGCUCGAUGAUGCAAGGCAGCACUCUAAUUCCAAUAUGGUCAUAAUGCUUAUUGGAAAUAAAAGUGAUUUGGAAUCAAGACGUGAAGUGCAGAAGGAAGAAGGAGACGCUUUUGCUAGAGAGCAUGGACUAAUAUUCAUGGAAACAUCUGCGAAAACUGCUUCAAAUGUUGAGGAAGCAUUUAUUAACACAGCUAAAGAAAUUUAUGAAAAGAUCCAGGAAGGGGUUUUUGACAUCAACAAUGAGGCAAAUGGAAUCAAAAUAGGACCACAGCAUUCCCCAUCGAGCAACAGUUUACCACCAGGCGCACACGAAUCAUCACAAAGCUCCAGUUGCUGUUAAAAAAACAGUCUGAAAAUCGUGUAAUAUCUAUUUCUAUAUUUACUAUUGUGUUUAUUAUUUCUUUUGAGUCAAGUUAUAUAAAAUCAGAUUUAUAAAUUGCGUAUUGUAAAACACAACACUUCACCUGUGCUCGGUUUUACUAUAUGUGAGUCGAUUUUAUGUUCCGAAAUUUAAUUUUGACAAAACAUGAUUGUAUUACAUUAUAAUAUAAGUGUAAAAAGGCAGGAGAUGUGCAAUAGAGUGAAAUUAAGCCAGUUUAAAAAUAUUCAUCAAAGUUUUUAUUUGAACAAAUGUCACACUUCGUUAUUUUGUGGUUGGUUAUUAUCACCCCUAGCCGAUUAAAAAAUAAAUAAAUAAAAUAAAGCAUGCAAUUAUUAUUGUUUGAAGUAUUCUCCUGCCCAUUAGGUGUUAUUGUAGUGAAAGUGAUAUCGUUUAAUGUAGUUUUAUUGUUAGGAAGAAUUGUUGGAUUAUGUAGGUGUUUGUGUUUUUUCUCAGUAUGAGUUUUUAUUUUAUUUUAGAAUUUCCCAUUGCUUAAAUUUUGUAUUUAUAACUGCACAUAAAAUUUAUAUUGCAUCGUUUCUAAGUAUCGACAAGAUUAAAAACUUUUUUACAUUCUACACAGGUUUGAAUUUAAAUUUGCUGACUGUUUAAUACAUAAAGCUCAACGUCUUUCAUAAUUUUUUUUUUAUUCAUCCGGCCUUCAUUGCUAGUAUUGUCUAAAAUCUAAUUUUGGAAAGUAA